AUGAAAAGAAUAAAACGUUACCUUAAAGGGCGCAGAUUCUGGAAACAGCUGAUAGACAACAUUUGCAUUAUUUCCGAUGUCACAGUCGGACGCGUGCACUUUUCCCACGUUAGUCAAGAGAUGACCAGUCUGGCUCCCUCCUGCGAUGACUAUGGGAGCAUCGUUGAGGCCAUGCGCUUGGUUGUGACCUUGGCCGGGCACAUGGGCAGGGUCUUCUCUGCCAGUGGGAGUGUCGGAAGGUUGGCUCUUCAUAGCGCCUCCGAACUCUCCGGGCUGCUCGGGCACUGUAAAGUGGUAGACGGUCUGAGUGAAGAGAGGGCUACAGUCAUUGAUGUCUAUGAGGGCAACUUCGACAUUCGUGGUGUCAUUGAGAGGUGGUCGGCCACGGUCUUGGGCCAGGAUCUAUUCUCAGAAGGUGAGUGUAAAGAAAGAGACAACUUAAAAGUCAAUUAA